AUGAAUCUCAAUGUCAAGGAGUUUGCUAGAGUAUUAAAAGAGUGUGGAAACCAACGAGAUUUUCUCAAAGCAAAGCAUCUCCACAAGGUAAUUCUCAGGAACAGUGAGUUCAACCACAACAAGUACCUCGCAAAUCUUGUGAUUGAAAUGUAUGGAAAAUGUGGGAGCCUGGAGGAUUGUCUUGCGGCUUUCUAUGAGAUCGAAAGGCCUAAUGUCUUCUCUUGGUGCAUUCUUCUCUCGGCAUAUGCCAGCAAUGGGCAUCUUCAGCAAGCCAAGGCUGUUUUCGAUCUGAUGCCGGAAGUAAACAUCGUAGCCUGGACUUCGCUUCUGAAGUCAUAUGCAGAUAAUGGUUUGCUGCACGAAGCAGAAAGAAUGUUUUGCGAAAUCAAGGCCGUGUGUAACCUUGUCUGCUGGAAUUGCAUGCUCGCAGCAUAUGCCCAACACAACCGUUUCGAGAAAAUGGAUUCCAUCUUUUCUGACAUGCCUGCCCGUGAUUUAAUCUCAUGGAACUCGGUACUUUGGGCAAAUGCUGAGUUUUGCGGUUUCGGAAAGACCAAGACCAUGUUCGAUGCGAUGCCCGAGUGGGAUAUUAUUUCAUAUAAUGUGAUGCUUUUGGCACAUACCCACACUGGGCAUAUCAACGACGUCGAGUCCCUCUUUGCUGCUAUGCCCGAGCGCGACCUCGUCGGCUAUAGCCAAGUCAUUGCAGUACACAUCGUGCACAAAGAUCUAGACCGAGCGAAGUUGCUGUUUGAUCAAAUGCCGGAGCGAGACGUGAUUUCUUCCACAAGAUUGCUGCAAGGGUACGUGGAAUCACGAGACUUCGAGGCAGCGACAGAUUGCUUCAAUGCUAUGCAUCAACUUAGCGUCCCGUCUUACAACUUAAUGAACGGGCAUCUUGGCGACGCGAGAGAGAUGCUCGAGAGGAUGCCCGAGAGGAAUGUGGUGGCCUGGACGGCCAUGAUCUCCUCGUAUGCGCACAAUGGCUAUGGACGAUUGGCAAUUUCAAUGUUUCGGGAGAUGGAGGUUAGUGGUGAGGAGGCCAACGAGGUUACCAUCUUGGGUGUUCUUCUGGCGUGUAACCACAAAGGAAUGCUUGUUGAGUGCUUGGGUUGCUUCAAAGGGAUCAAAGAGGACUAUGGUGUUACUAUGGUUGUGGAUCACUAUCUGGCAAUGGUCGUGGUUUUGGGACGGCUUGGACAUGCCAAAAUUGCGAGAGAUUUGCUGAAUUCCAUGCCUUUCAUCGCUGACAAUCCUCGAAGUUGGGAGAUCUUCCUGAGGGUUUUCGUGCCUCCCCUCUCUGUCCUGGAAUGGAUGCGUUCUGUGCCCGAGCAGCUGGAGGAUUUGUUUUCUCCUGGCUGCCUCGAGGCAGUGGGCAUUGACUUUGUGGAAUUGGGUUCUCUGGGUUAG